AAUGCGAUCAUGAAAGCCAUUUGUUUUGUGUGAGUUUUAUAGUGAUUUAAUUUAAUUUGAUUUUACGGCGAACGGAACACAGAACCCAGAGCACCACCGCGACCUUAAUCAACUGUGUGCGACUUUGAAUAGUGAUUGAGAUCAACGACAGGCUUUAUAUUGAAACCUUAGACUUGAAGGGAAGCUGAUGCUUGGUCAGGCUUUGGACGCUUAAACAAUUCUGAUCAAGAUUCAAGUUAGCAUUCUCAUUUUCUUGUAGAUUUUUCACAACGGUCUUUCCAUGGCAUAUCCCUUCUCAGAUUUCAAGUACUCAGAUGGCCUCACUGUAGUGGGUAUCUCCUUCUGCACAGCUAUUGUCUGUGAGGCUAUCUCAUGGGUUCUUAUCUACCGCACCAAUUCUUACAAAAACCUUAGGUCCUCCAUAGACAAAGCCUCCAAGAAACUCGAGACCAUGAAGACAGACAGCAACAAAAUCAACAUCAAGAAGUCCAAAACCAAAAAAAUCGAUCGUGUUGAGACAAGCCUCAAAGAAUCGAGCCGUGACUUGUCUCUCUUCAAGUUCAAGUCUGGUGGUGUGGUCGCUCUGGUUCUCUUUGUGGUCUUUGGGUUGCUGAAUUCGCUUUUCGAAGGCAAGGUAGUUGCCAAGUUGCCAUUCAAACCUUUUGGUCUUAUCAUGAAAAUGAGCCAUAGAGGGUUGCAGGGUAAUGACCCCACUGAUUGUUCCAUGGCAUUCCUAUACUUCUUGUGUUCCAUUAGCAUCAGAACAAAUUUGCAGAAGUUCUUGGGCUUUGCACCGCCAAGAGGUGCAAGUGCUGGCCUCUUUCCCAUGCCUGAUCCAAAGACCAGUUGAUUGGGGUUAACAAUAUCUGAACUUUUUAUUUCAGUUGUUUGUAGGUUGAAGAGAAUAUGGAAGUGCAUAACUUCAGUCAUUUAUAUUUGAUUUGGUUCUCUUAGGGAGUCCAACAUGAUUUUAAUUGGUAUAACUGUUACUUGUUAAACAGUAAACUUCAGUUUUGCAAUGGUAAUUUUCUUGUUAAGUGUUGA